AUGGAGACAUUAUACGGUCUACCUUUCGCAGUGUUGGAAUGUCCAAAUAUAAAACUCAAAAAGCCAUCAUGGUUGCACAUGCCGUCGGCUAUGACAGUCUAUGCGAUCGUUAUUGUUUCGUACUUUCUCAUCACUGGAGGUAAGUUGUCGAACACUGCUGCUAGCUAACGUUAGCUAGCUAAUUUGCUGUAACAGAUGCUUAAUAAAGCCUUUGGCUGUAACGUUAUGAACCAAGUUACAUCAAUCUACUAACUAGCUAUGUGUUAACGUUAUUCAACCAUCACGAUUAUUGUAUGCAGUUAGUGAUAGCUGGGUUUCUCAACGUUAGUCUUAGUCUCCACGAUUUACAUUGGAGUUGACUGGUGAUUGGUGUGGUUGGACUGGUACUCCGUCACAUAAAAUGACGUUUAUAUAUAUAAAACAAUGUGUGUAAUUGUGGGCUAUUGUUUGGGUGCUGAAAAUAGUAGUUUUUUUUAAUUACUAAAUAUUAUGUGACAUCAGAGCUCCAGUCCGCCCACACCAGUCGCUGCUUAACUCCAUUUUAAAUGGUGGAGUUGAGUGAGUUUCAUCAGCUACUUAACUCCAGGAUUUGUAACUCAUGUAAAAUGAUUUAGUUAACAUACACAUUGAGGAAAGACUCUGCCAGUACAUGCAGUCAGACCUAUACAAUCAGCUAAUCAGUGUUGCAAAAAUGAAGGGAUUUCAUAAGAACACAGGGAGAUAGCUAAAUUAACAUUACAAACCUCCGUUUUGUGCCAACCAUCAACCGAAUUUGCUUUUUCCAAGCACACCCAUUCUGUUAACAUCUGACUCGACCUGUGAUCUGUUCCUGCAGUCAUGGUAACAAUUUUUUUGAUGUAGCUAGUGAACUACUUUUUUAAAGUAACUUUAGUUAAACUUUAGUUGACUCCUGAGUAGCGCAGUGGUCUAAGGCACUGCAUCGCAGUGCUAACUGUGCCACUAGAGAUCCUGGUUCGAAUCCAGGCUCUGUCGCAGCCGGCCGCGACCGGGAGACUCAUGGGCGGCGCACAAUUGGCCCAGCGUCGUCCAGGAUAGGGGAGGGAAUGGCCGGCAGGGAUGUAGCUCAGUUGAUAGAGCAUGGCGUUUGCAACGCCAGGGUUGUGGGUUCGAUUCCCACGGGGGGCCAGUAUAAAAAAAUAUGUAUUCACUAACUGUAAGUCGCUCUGGAUAAGAGUGUCUGCUAAAUGACUAAAAUGUAAAAUGUAAAUGUAAACAAACUAGCUAUAAUUCUAAGGGUAGCUUUACUGUGUAGCUCAAUGUCUUUCAGUGUCAGUGAAGUAAUUGGUAGCUUGGUAAUUUUGACUUUAAUUAAUCAGGCUGUAAUACUUGCUUAAUUGGUAUAAACAAUCUGAAACUAAUACCUGCAAAAUUGUGUAAAUGUUCCGUACAAGCUAGAAUUUUGAAUGCAAUUACAUUUAAACAUACUCUACCAGUAUCUGUGCGGUUUGUCCUUCAGCUGCUCGAAAUUUGAGACAAUAUCUACAGGGAAGUAUUGUUUACCCAACUUUUUGAGAGCCCAUAGGUACAGUGCAUUCGGAAAUUAUUCAGACCCCUUGACUUUUUCCACAUUUUGGUUACGUUGCAGCCUUAUUCUAAAAUGGAUUACAUUGUAUUCCCCCCCCCCCCCCCCCCCCCCCCACUCAUCAAUCUACACACAAGAUCCCAUAAUGACAAAACAAAAACAGUUUUUUAGAAAUGUUUGCACAUUUAUUAAAAAUAAAAAACGGAAAUAUCAAAUUUACAUAAGGAUUCAGACCCUUUACUCAGUACUUUGUUGAAGCACCUUUGGAAGUGAUUACGACCUCGAUUCCUCUUGGGUAUGACGCUACAAGCUUGGCACACCUGUAUUUGGGGAGUUUCUUCCAUUCUUCUCUGCAGAUCCGCUCAAGCUCUGUCAGGUUGGAUGGGGAGCGUAGCUGCACAGCUAUUUUCAGGUCUCUCCAGAGAUGUUUGAUCGGGUUCAAGUCCGGGCUCUGGCUGGGCCACUCAAGGACAUUCAGAGACUUGUCACAAAGCCACUCCUACGUUGUCUUGGCUGUGUGCUUAGGGUCAUCCUGUUGGAAGGUGCCAAGCCAAAUUUCUUCAGCCACCUGAGGUUGAAGAGGCUCCAUUGCGCCUUCUUCACCACACUGUCUGCGUGGGUGGACCAUUUCAGUUUGUCAGUGAUGUGUACGCCAAGGAACUUGAAGCUUUCCACCUUCUCCACUGUGGUCCCGUCGAUGUGGAUAGGGGGGUGCACCCUCUGCUGUUUUACUGAAGUCCACGAUAAUCUGUUUUGUUGACGUUGAGUGAGAGGUUAAUUUUCCUGGCACCACACUCCUAGAGCCCUCACCUCAUCCCUGUAGGCUGUCUCAUCAUUGUUGGUAAUCAAGCCGACUACUGUUGUGUCGUCUGCAAACUUGAUGAUUGAGUUGGAGGCGUGCUUGGCCACACAGUCAUGGGUGAACAGGGAGUACAGGAGGGGGCUGAGCACGCACCCUUGAGGGGCCCCAGUAUUGAGGAUCAGCAAAGUGGAGAUGUUGUUUCCUAUCUUCACCACCUGGGGGCAGCCCGUCAGGAAGUCCAGGACCCAGUUAAACAGGGCGGUGUUCAGACCCAGGGCAUCAAGCUCUGUCGUAGCCGGCCGCGACCGGGAGACCCAUGGGGCGGCGCGCAAUUGGCCCAGCGUUGUCCAGGGUAGGGGAGGGAAUGGCCGGCAGGGAUGUAGUUCAGUUGGUAGAGCAUGGCGUUUGCAACGCCAGGGUUGUGGAUUUGAUUCCCACGGGAGGCCAGUAUGAAAAAACAAAACAAAAAAAGUGUAUGCACUCACUAACUGUAAGUCGCUCUGGAUAAGAGCGUCUGCUAAAUGACUAAAAUGUAAUGUAAAUGUAAAUGAGCUUGGAGGGUACUAUGGUGUUGAAUGCUGAGCUAUAGUCAAUGAAGAGCAUUCUUACAUAGGUAUUCCUCUUGUCCAGAUGUGAUUGUGCAGUGUGAUGGCGAUUGCAUCGCCUGUGGAUGUAUUUGGGUAGUAAGCAAAUUGAAGUGGGUCUAGGGUGACAGAAAGGUAAGGUAGAGGUGAUAUGAUCCUUGACUAGUCUCUCAAUGCACUUCAUGAUGACAGAGGUGAGUGCUACGGGGCGAUAGUCAUUUAGUUCAGUUACCUUUGCUUUCUUGGGUACAGGAACAAUGGUGGCCAUCUUGAAGCAUGUGGGGACCGCAGACUGGGAUAGGGAGAGAUUGAAUAUGUCCGUAAACACACCAGCCAGCUGGUCUGCGCAUGCUCUGAGGACGCGGCUAGGGAUGCCGUCUGAGCCGGCAGCCUUGCGGGGGUUAACAUGCUUAAAUGUCUUACUCACGUCGGCCACGGAGAAGGAGAGCCCACAGUCCUUGGUAGUGGGCCACGUCGGUGGCACUGUGUUAUCCUCAAAGCGGGCGAAGAAGGUGUUUAGCUUGUCCUGAAGCAAGACGUCGGUGUCUGCGACGUGGCUGGUUUUCCAGUCUAAGGUCCUGAGCGCUCUGGAGCAGGUUUUCAUCAAGGAUCUCUCUGUACUUUGCUCCGUUCAUCUUUCUCUCAAUCCUGACUAGUCUCCCAGACCCUGCCGCUGAAAAACAUCCCCACAGCAUGAUGCUGCCACCACCAUGCUUCACCGUAGGGAUGGUGCCUGGUUUCCUCCAGACGUGAUGCUUGGCAUUCAGGCCAAAGAGUUCAAUCUUGGUUUCAUCAGACCAUAGAAUCUUGUUUCUCAUGAUCUAAGAGUUCUUUAGGUGCCUUUUGGCAAACUCCAAGCGGGCUGUCGUGCCUUUUACUGAGGAGUGGCUUCUGUCUGGCUACUACCAUAAAGGCCUGAUUGGUGUAGUGCUGCAGAGAUGGUUGUCCUUCUGGAAGGUUCUCCCAUCUCCACAGAGGAACUCUGGAGCUUUGUCAGAGUGACCAUUGGGUUCUUGGUCACCUCCCUGACCAAGGCCCUUCUCCCACGAUUUCUCAGUUUGGCCGGGUGGCCAGCUCUAGGAAGAGUCUUGGUGGUUCCAAACUUCUUCCAUUUAAGAAUGAUAGAAGCCACUGUGGUACCCUUCCCCAGAUCUGUGCCUCGACACAAUCCUGUCUCGGAGCCGUACGGACAAUUUCUUCGACCUCAUGGCUUGGUUUUUGCUCUGACAUCCACUGUCAACUAUGGGACAUUAUAUAGACAGGUGUGUGCCUUUCCAAAUUAUGUCCAAUCAAUUGAAUUUACCACAGGUGGACUCCAAUCAAGUUGUAGGAACAUCUCAAGGAUGAUCAAUGGAAACAGGAUGCACCUGAGCUCAAUUUUGAGUCUCAUAGCAAAGGGUCUGAAUACUUAUGUAAAUAAGGUAUUUACUAACAUUUCUAAAUCUGUUUUCGCUUGUCAUUAUGGGGUAUUGUUUGUAGAUUGAUGAGGAAAAAAAGUAAUUCAAUCAAUUUUAGAAUUGUACUGUAACGUAACAAAAUGUGGAAAAAGUCAAUGGGUCUGAUUUACUUUCCGAAUGCACUGUAUAUGGUUCGGUUUAGCGCCGAGGUAAAGUGAGUUUUAUAUUGGAUAUUCGGUUUUUCUCUCCUCAAUAGCGAUUGAACCAAUCUUGCCAUGACAAUGAAAAUAGUAUAUUCUGAAUCAGGGGAGGGAGAACAAUCCACACGUUUUGUGAUUUUUGUGUAUUUUUGUAUAAAACAUAAAUCACUCAAAAGGUGUGGAUUGUUCUCCCUCUCCUUAUUCAGAAUAUACUAUAUUCAAGGUCAUGGCAUGCUUGGUUCAAUAGCUACACUGAACAAAAAUAUAAACGCAACAUGUUAAGUGUUGGUCCCAUGUUUCAUGAGCUGAAAUAAAAGAUCUCAGACAUUUUCCAUACGCACAAAAAGCUUAUUUCCCUCAAAAAAAUUUGACAAAUUUGUUUACAUCCCUGUCAGUGAGCAUUUCUCCUUUGCCAAGACAAUCCAUCCACCUGACAGGUGUGGCAUAUCAAGAAGCUGAUUAAACAGCAUGAUCAUUACACAGGUGCACCUUGUGGUGGGGACAAAAGGCCACUCUAAAAUGUGCAGUUUUGUCACACAAUGCAACAGAUGUCUCAAGUUGAGGGAGUGUGUAAAUGGCAUGCUGACUGCAGGAAUGUCCACCAGAGCUGUUGCAAGAGAAUGUAAUGUUCAUUUCUCUAACAUAAGCCGCCUCCAACGUUGUAUUAGAGAAUUUGGUAGUACGUCCACUCAGCCUCACAACCGCAGACCACAUAUAUGGCGUUGUGUGGGCAAGUGGUUUGCUGAUGGCAACGUUGUGAACAGAGUGCCCCAUGGUGGCGGUGGGGUUAUGGUAUGGUCAGGCAUAAGCAACAGACAACAAACACUAUUGCAUUUUAGCGAUAGGCAAUUUGAAUGCACAGAGAUACUGUGGCGAGAUCCUGAGGCCCACUGUCGUGCCAUUCAUCCGCUGCCUCCAUCACCUCAUGUUUCAUCAUGAAAGUAUGAAAAAAUAUAUAAAAUAAAUAAAUGUAUGCACUCACUAACUGUAAGUCGCUCUGGAUAAGAGCGUCUGCUAAAUGACUAAAAAUGUAAGAAAUGAUCAUGCACAGCCCCAUGUCGCAAGGAUCUGUACACAAUUCCUGGAAGCUGAAAAUGUCCCAGUUCUUUCAUAGCCUGCAUACUCACCCAUUGAGCAUGUUUGGGAUGCUCUAUAUUGACAUGCACGACAGCGUGUUCCAGUUCCCACCAAUAUCCAGCAACUUCGCACAGCCAUUGAAGAGGAGUGGGACAACAUUCCACAGGUCACAAUCAACAGCCUGAUCAACUCUAUGCAACCGUGAUGCAGCGCUGCAUGAGGCAAAUGUUGGUCACACCAGAUACUGACUGAUUUUCUGAUCCACGCCUCUACCUUUUUUUUAAAGGUAUCAACAGAUGCAUAUGGGCCCCGUGUAGCUCAGUUGGUAGAGCAUGGCGCUUGCAACGCCAGGGUUGUGGGUUCGAUUCCCACGGGGGGCCAGUAUAAUUUUUUAAAAUAAAGAAAUGUAUACACUCACUAACUGUAAGUCGCUCUGGAUAAGAGCGUCUGCUAAAUGACGAAACAAUACUUUCCUGUGGAUAUUUUGUGUCAAAUUUUGAGCAGCUGAAGGACAAACCGCACAGAAAACCGGUGGAGUUAAGUUUAAAUGUCAUUUUAUUCAACACUAUAUACCAAUUGUGUAUUACAGCCUGAUUAAUCACACUAGGUAAUGUUAAACUAUAUUCUCAGAGUAGCUUCCCCAACACUGCGGCUAAUAAACCUUGAGUCGUUUAUUAGCCGAUUUGAAUAGGCUACGUAUAGCAAACCAGCAAGCCAGCUCAGAUGGUCUGGGCUAGCAUUGCACCCUCUUUUGCCCUCGCACAUCACGUUUACCAUGCCAAUUCAUAUACUAUGCCAAUGCAUAGCUAACUAUUGAUUGUAUUUCUAGUUACUUUAGCUAAAUAUUUCCAAUGGCUUUCAUCGUGUCGCUCUCCAAUCUGCAGGUAUCAUCUACGAUGUCAUUGUGGAACCACCUAGUGUGGGUUCAAUGACCGAUGAACAUGGGCACCAGCGGCCAGUUGCCUUUUUGGCAUACAGGUAAGUACGCAGCCUCUUUGCCAGUGUAUGCUGUUCCUGCAUUGUCAACGCUUGGGGCCAUCAUUUACACCAUUCAUUAUCAUAAUUAUCUGCAUUGUAUUGCCAAAAAUUGUAAGGGUAGUCAGUAGUCAUAACCACCUUUAUUUGUUCUCUUUCCCAUGAAGAGUGAAUGGCCAGUACAUCAUGGAAGGGUUGGCCUCCAGUUUCCUCUUCACAAUGGGAGGCUUGGGCUUCAUAAUCCUGGAUCGCUCCAAUGCCCCAAACAUCCCUAAACUCAACCGCUUCCUCCUGCUUUUCAUUGGUUUUGUAAGCGUCCUGCUCAGCUUCUUCAUGGCCAGGGUGUUCAUGAGAAUGAAACUGCCGUAA